GCAACGAAUGAUUUCGUUGGUCCUGAACCAGCUUUACCACUUUCAACUAGUUGGAUAAAGCACAAGAUUCGUUCUUGGGCUGCAUCCAAACAUGCCAGCUACUGGCGCAGCUUGCAAACUUGCGCUCAGGCAAAAGCAUUUCUACCAGAUUUAAAUCUGAAAUUGUCAAAGUGUCUACUGCAUUUCUCCAAGCAACAUUGCAGUAUUCUGGUCAGAGCUCUGACUGGACAUUGCAAACUCAAUUAUCACAUGGCUACUAUUCAACGUUCCGAGUAUUAUUCGUGUGAUUUGUGUGAAUGCUAUUACGGUACUUCAUAUCUUCUGAUAUGUAACUGUCCCGCAUUGACGCAGCUACGUAUCCGGGUUUUUGGUUCUCCAUACAUGGUUGAGUCUGUGUAUGCGGAGCUAAAAUUGAAGGAUAUUCUCUCGUUUCUCACCCAAUGUGGUAAGGAGCUAUAGUCAGAAGGGUUCAUCGUUCUUCCUGGAGUGAAUGAAUCCCUUCUGUAUUCACCUUGAAUAGGAUUUGGCAGAUUGUUUGGUAUCCUCUAGGGGGUACCGAAUUUACUUCUGCUCGUACAUACUGCGAAUCGUUCUGCAUUCUUCCGGGAGUGCAGAAUUGUGUCGCUUUUGUAAGAUCUCUAAAUACUCUCGGGGGUUGGAGGUUUUAUUAACAGCAGACUGUUCGGGGCCUCGUAGAGGUUCAGAAUUUACUUCUGCUUCCACUAAAUGUGAUCCUCAGCAGAUUGUUCAGCAUCCCUUAGGGGUGCAGAAUUUAGGUUGUCGCUAGCGACGGAUAAUACUUUGAAUAAUACAUCUGUAUGCACUUUUUCGCAAUAAAGCUUUAAAUUUUGGGAAAAAAACCGCGGAAGCAAAGUUGUACACCUAAUACAAUUUUCAUUUAUUUAUGUUAUGUAAUCGCUGUUGUUUGAACUAAAAACAGCAAUAGCUUUCAAUGUGAUAUCAUUAAACUCAGACCAAUACUGAAGAAGAAAGACGGAUCCAACGAAAUUGGAAACCGUGCAUAAGUUUCAGGAAUUCAGUUCUGUCAUUAUCAAUUUGGCAUCAGAUGUUCUCACGUUCAUGUUAAAUUGUCCGUAUGGCAGGGGUAAAUGGAAUAAGUAAAUCAAUAGCCUCGGUGUGGGAAGGAUUCCCGAUUUUUUUUUUUGGAUUGAAAAUCAUACAUUCCAAUCAGAACAUUUCCAGUUCCACGGAACGAAACGCUCUGGUGGCGAUGGCGAGCGCAGAAUGAUGGUUCUCAUUGUUCGAAUUCGAAUACAAUAAAAACAGAACGCACAAAACUCAGAGGCGGCGGUUCUACCAGAUGAGCUUUAAUGAGGUCCACUCAUUAUCGAGCUUUACAUGGGAGGAGGGGAAGGAGGAGCAGGGUUGGAUAAAUGAGAUCCAAAGGAGGUUUUUUAUUGUUGCCCGACCCCCUAAGGGGUGGAUCCAAUUGUCCAUGGAAUCGAUGUCAUAAUGUGUGGGCUGCGAAAUUGCACGAUGAGUUUGAGCUGGCAAUUAAAAAUUGAGGAUUUUCUGAUAUUGAUUCGUUUUGACGCUGCAUUUUCGAUUUUUUCCGACGAUUCGAUCGUGGUUGGCGUUGAGAUUUCAACGCAGUUGGCUAGUGAAGUGGUGAGAAGUUGACAGUCUACUGACGGCGGAAAUGAAUCUGGAAAACUUGCAUGAUCAUUUACCGUAUCUGUCAUACGGCUUUCGAACGUUGACAACCGAAGAACGUAUGAAGCUGGAGCAUUCGCUUCGGUUGCUUCAACAAAUGCAACAUCUCGAUGCGGUCUAUUUCCUCGGUAAACUGGAAGGAUUGGAAGCCGAUUAUCUGUUGGCGUUCGGUUGUCCUAGUCGAGAUAUUUUCCUUGGUCGGAAGUUUUUUUACAGUUUAAAUUUGACCGAUUGGUAUCAGCUGUUGGAGCCGAAAGAUUGGUGUCGGGAUUGGGAUCAAAUGGAGGUCCCGUUUCAAGGAGAUCCGGCUUACAAAGUGCUGCAAGAUCUUGGACCGAAAUAUGCUCUGAAUGAAGAUCUGGUUCCGGUGGUAGAAGGGGAGCGGUUGAUUUUGAACGUCAAAGAACAAAAUCGGCUUUGGUUUGUAAUGAACAGCAUUCUAGACGAGGCCGUAAUCGUUCCGAGAGGUGUGCUGUAUCACACAGUCGAAGGACAGUCCGUUAUCAAUCCGUUUUUUCACGGUAUCGGUAUCAAUGACAGUUUGAAGCUUCACAAUUAUCAUCACUUCCGGAAGCCAAUUGGAGAACCAGGCAAGAAUCUUCUGAAGCGAGACGAUUGUAACUAUUUUCUGGACGUUUUUGAUUCGGCUGACGAUGUGAUUCCUAAGGAGCACAGCUUUGCGGUAACACGAGAUCCUCAGCGGGAUGUGUUCAUGUUGAAGAGCUUACAUUGGCCCGGGAUGACUAGCUUUCAUCGUGCGAAUUCCGAUGUGUAUGGAUUUUUCUACUUUGGUGAUGGCAGGAAAAAUUGGGACCUACUUUUCAAAAUCUAAUUGUCGAUGACGUAAAUCCUUCAGCUACACACGAAAUAUAUCUAAACCUGAAAAUUA